AUGCGUAGGAGGAUAAGUCAGUUGAUUUUUAGAAGAAAUUUGGGUGGAAUUGAGACUGGGGCAGAAGCAAAGAGAAGGCUAAAUGAGAUUAAGAAAGUGAAGAAUGAGAUUGAGGAGAGUGGUAGAAGAGGGAAGGAUAGCAGUAUGCUUGAAUUCAGAGUGUAUAGGAAUGAAGCAAGAAAGAGAAUGGUGCUAUUGAAGAAGGUACAGGAGGAGAUGCAGGGGGUGAAUCAGGAAAUAGGAAGAAUCAACAAGAAGAUAGAGAAUGAGUAUAUGGCAGUGGAGAGAGUGAAUAGGAUAAUCAGGUACGAGGAUGAGGAUGAGACAGUGGUGGAAAACAGGGAGAGUAGAGCAGUAGAAGGAAGAGAGAAGGAGUUGAGAGAGGAGCUGGAAAAAGUGAGAGAGAGGAGAGUUGAACUCGAGGCAUUGGUUGAUGAAUUGACCAGUGAAAAGUGA